AGUGUGGACAUCAAAAUACAUAGUGUGUAUGUUUAUCCUGUACACAUUAUACUGAAUUCUAGUGGCUGUUUUACUUCUGUAAUCUGAACUGUUUUAUAAAAAAAACGUAUAAAUAUACUCUGUGAAUAUUGCUGUAAUUUUAACAUAAACUGGAGAUUAUAUGAUAACUCAAUAACCACAAUGUGUGAAUAUAAGUGCUGUAGUUUUUACAUGGACUGUGUCUAACUGUGUUGUACAUAUCUAUAAAUAUGGCGGAAAGAGUCGAUGAUACACAUAGCUGUAGUAUCUGUUUAGAGGAUUUUACUAACCCGAAAAUACUACCAUGUUUUCACACGUUUUGUGAACAUUGUAUAGACGACCAUAUCAAAGCUCUUUCACAUCUCAACAAGUUUAAUUGUCCUAAUUGUAGAACAGAGAUUCAAGUACCUGAUGGGGGUGCAAGUGGGUUUUCAACAAACUUUUACAUCCAACCAAAAGGUGAAACACAAAAUCAUUUCUGUCGGAAACACAAGACAAAAGAAAUAGAUAUUUAUUGCCGAGAUUGUUCUGUUGCUGUUUGUGAUAGGUGUGUUAUAUUGGAUCAUACAACUCACUCAAAAACAGAUCUUACUAAUGUAGACCAAGAAAUCAGAGGAAAGUUAAACAUUAUAAAGCGGGAGUUAGAAGAGAAGGUUGACGAAGUCGCGAAACAUUGUGAAUCUUUAACCAAUCAAAUAUCUGAUAUCAAGAACCAAGCUAAAUUAGCCUGUGAUAAUGUCGAUACACGGGUUAAAAAGGUAUGUGACAAAGUCAAAAAACAUGGCGAUGAUAUAAAAUGUGAAAUGAAUAAAAUUCGUGAUGAAGAAAGUAACAAGUUACAGACAUUACAUGAAAAUUCGACCCAAUUCAAAAGUUCUCUACAGAACAGUUUGAAAUAUAUUAAUGGCGUGCUGAAUGGUAAAUCUACUGUUCCAGUUGUAGAUGCUUUAACCAAUGUACAAACACUGACUGAAGAUAGCAGAUCAACCAGUUUAGAUAUACCUCCAGUAAGAUAUGUCUAUUAUCGUAUGGUAGAUAUAGAUGUUAAAACUUUAGAAUCUUUACUUGGUGAAUUAGAAACAAUGGAGUCACCAACCUGGACAUCUAGUUUUAGUUUGUAUCGGGUGAAGACAUAUGAGUACUACUCUGGUGAUGAUAUAAUGAUACAAGGAAUGCCAUGGUAUGUAGAUGUUAGACGUCUUUCAGAUACACCAACAGUAGGGUGUUACCUGCGUCUGAGAGGAGUAGAUGAUAAAACAGUUAAAUCUGUUACAGCUAGUUAUACACUAAAACUAUUAAAUAUAAACGAUGUGAGUAAAUCUACAGUUGCACGACAUACAGCUACAUUUAUACCUGGUGGUAUUGGAUGGGGUAGUACGUUUAUAGAGUGGAAUAAACUAAAGGAUGUGACGAAUGGAUUUAUAGAAAACAACGAAAAAUUUACUGUGCAGGCGUCUGUAAAAAUAGACAACAUAGAAAGAUACUGACAUUUAUAUUACAGAACAUAGUACGAUAGAUGGGUGUCAUCAUAAUACAAGGAUAUAUCUCUAUUGUUAGUUCAAUACAAGGACAUAUCUCUAUUGAUGGGUGUCAUAAUAAUACAAGGAUAUAUCUCCUCUAUAAAAUAUGUUAGCUCAACCCAAAACAAAUGGAACUUGUUUAUUUGGAUGUCAAAUGAAAUAUAUUUUAAUAUUUAGCUUAUUGCUGACUGGUCCCUGGAUCCAUUCACUUGAUUUGAUAUUUGUUGUUUAUUUCUUGUAAUGUCUGUAGUUUAUCACGUCCCCAGGUUUGUUUUGUGUGUAGUGUGGUCCUCCUGCACUUACUAACAGAAUAAGGUAUGCGUCAGAGGUCUGUUGUGCAAAGUUCGUGUGUGAAAUUUUAUUCAGACAAAAUAAACAAACCAGCACCACCUAUAACUGUUGGAUAAAAUCUCUUGAUGGGCCUGUUUUUAACCUGACUGAAUCCUAGCUUGAAUAUUAUCAAACAUAGAUAUUUGAUUCUUAAUCAAUCAACGAUUUUAUUUUUAUGGUCUUACCUAUUUUAUUCUGAAGAUCAUUGAGAACAUCUGUAGUGGUAUAAGCCAAUUCUGGUGUAAUAUACAACAACCUGAACUGACCCUGAUAAACAUUGAUAUCACGUUAACCAGACAUAUAGAAGUGAUUUUCUAGCGCGUUUUCUCCUUGUCGGUGGUGCAGGACGGAGGCCUGACAAGGAACAGUGUUGAUUCGUUCAGAUUGGACGGAAAAGCGUAAUCCUGUGUACAUGUUAGUGUGCACGUUAAAGAAUUUGAAAUAAGUUUAUGCAUAAAAGUGUAUAUUUAUUACAAGGGAAAUGUUUAAAGUAGCUAAAUUAAGUCUCUUAACACAAUAUCAUCCAAAAUCUUCGACAUUC